UACAAUUUGAACUGUAUUUAUUGGUCUAGAAAAUAUUACCAAUUUCCUCGCAUGCUUUGGUGUAGUUUUGAUGCAUAUAGAUUAUAGACGAUCUACAAAAAUUGUAUUUUGAUUAGAUGCACACAUAAAUUUUUUUUAUCCCAAUAUUAGUGGUGUGGUGACUUGAUGACCAUCACACUGUAACAACAUAUAACAUUGCGCAUGUGACAACGAUAACUCUGUUAUUCAUACCUUCAUUAUGAAGUCAUUCGGAAAUCAGGUUUCAUCAGAUUGCAGAUUCGUACUGAUCUAAAAUUAUAUGAAUAACGUUAUUCUGAAUGAAGAAUUUCAGUCGGCAAGUCGGACGUUGUCAUUACCGUAUAAUGUGAUCUAUUAAAAUGUAUCGCGCAAAUCAAAAUGGACAACCGCAAAGAGUAAAUGCUGAGCCUCUUCAUCAAAAUCGAGUCAACGGAAGGCAGCCUGCACCUAUGAAUAUUCCAAUGACAGUUUCUGAACAAUUUAGAGAGUCCUGGCUCACUGCUAUUAUUGGACUCAUUAUGUUUGCAACUGGCAUGUGCCUUUUAUUUUGGAAUGAGGGAAGAGCAGUAAAGGUAGCGCACUCCUUGGAUGAAGCUUUGCGUAAUGUAGCAGUCCUUCCAAAUACUAUUAAAUUAUUACCUGAAUAUGAAGGCCGAUUAAUACAUUUAUCAGGUCCCUUAAAAAUAUCUGAACCAUUAACUGAACCUGAAUAUGGAGUAAUUGUAUCAAGUGUUAAAUUGAAGAGAAGAGUUCAGAUGUACCAGUGGGUUGAGAUAGAAGAAGAACGAAGUUUUGGCGAAGUAACAGAAGAGCAUUACUAUUAUACAACAGAAUGGAAAGAUAAACUAGUUGAUUCUGAUCAAUUUUAUAUUAGAACUGGUCAUCAUAAUCCAAAAGAAAUGCCUAUUAAAAGUCAAAUACAAAUUGCAGAUGAAGUUAAAAUUGGAGCAUUUACUUUAGGAAGUGAAAUGAAGAAGAAAUUUAGUGACUUUAUAGAAGUCACCAGCGAUGAAAGACCAGAACGUAAAGAUAUUAAAAUGCAUUCUGGCUUAUACUAUCAUAGUUCAGAUUUGUGGAAUCCUCAGGUAGGAGAUAUACGUAUACAAUUCUCCUAUGCAGGAAAAGCAGGAGAAAUCUUUUCUAUAGUUGGUAUGUUAGAAAAGGGAAUUAUUGUACCAUAUGUUACAUCGCAUGGUGAAGAAAUUUUACUUCAGAGGAAACACAAGAUGACAGUAGAUCAAAUGUUCCAUUUAGAACAUGUACAUAACUAUUGGCGUACAUGGAGUAUUAGAGGUCUUGGCUGGUUGGUUUUGUUUCUAGCAGCAACAUGUUUAGCAAACAUAUUAAGAACAGUAAUUUUAAAUUCAACGUUCUUAUGUGGAAUUAUUGCAAUUGAAUCUUUAAAAAUGUCAGUUUCCAUGUCUAUUAGUUUAUUAGUGAUAGGAUUUGCUUGGGUAUGGUAUCGACCAGUGAUUGGACUUUGUUUAGCACUAGCAUCAAUUUUACCUUUUAUAUACUCUACUUUGACAUCAGGAUCUCAGACGCAACAACGUGAUAAUUAUAGAAGGUUAUAAAUAUUGAUCAAGAACUAAUAUUUUAUUUAUACAAAUACAUUUAUUUAUAAACAAUUUUCUUCAUAUUUAUUUGUAUUUAAAUAAUUUUACAGAAAGUACAAAUUCUUAAAAAGUAUUAUACGUUAUUAAUUGUAUUAUUUACACAAAUACUAACGAUUUUGUAUUCUCGUCGCAUAUUAAAAGUUGUUAAUGGAGUGUAAACAAUAAACUAUUUUAGUAAAUAAUAA